AUGGCUCCUCCGGUUGCAGUGUCUCCAUUGAUUAAGACUGCCAGGUAUUCAGCUUUGAUUGCUGGCAUCUUUUAUGGCAAGAGGAGAUAUGAAAAUUUGAAGCCAAUUGCAGCUGAGGAGAGGAGGAUUGAAGAGGAAGAGAAAAAGGCCCGUGAGGAGAAGGAACGCAUUGCCAAGCAGCUAGCAGAAGCAAAUGAAGACACUAUUCUGAAAUAA